AAAAUUAAGGAACAGAAACCACAAACUAUUUCUUCGUAUAGCCCUUAUUUAAGAGAGUGCUAAAAAAAAAAAAAAGGAAAAAAACAAAAACUAUGGCAGAGCUGUGGUCUCAAAUAGCCUCAGCCCUCGCCAGCUUAAUAGCUGUCUAUAUCUAUAGUAUGUUCAAAGAUUACUUUCCGAACCAUGUUCGUGGUUAUGCGGAAAGAUAUGGCACCAAAUUGGCGAGCUUUGUGUACCCUUAUAAACAGAUUACCUUCGAUGAAUAUGGCGAUGAGCGUUUCAGGCAGAGUGAAGCCUAUGCCGAUAUCCGAAGUUACCUCAGUGGCAGUCCCUCAUCCACUCAAGCUAAGCGGUUCAAAGCUCAUGACAUCAAAGAUAGUAGGACACUGCUCCUCACUAUGGAUGACAAAGAGGGAAUCACAGAGGAAUUCCAAGGCAUCAAACUAUGGUGGACUUCUCGCAUGCACCAAACUCGAAGCACAUCUUAUUGGGGUCAUCCUGAAACGGAGGAGAGGAGGUUCUAUCAGCUUACUUUCCAUCAGUGCCACUGGGACAUUAUUACUAAAUCCUAUCUCAAUCACGUUAUACAAGAAGGGAAAGCCUUGGCCAUAAGGAAUAGGCAGCUCAAGCUUUACACUAAUGGUUCCGGUGAGACUUGGCAGAAUAACAGGCGUACCAAAUGGAGCCAUGUCAUUUUCGAGCAUCCGGCGACCUUUAAGACUCUGGCAAUCGACCCGAAAUUGAAAGAAGACAUUAUCAAUGACCUUGACAAGUUCAGAAAUGGAAAAGAUUUCUAUGCCAAAGUUGGAAAGGCUUGGAAACGUGGUUAUCUCCUUUAUGGACCACCAGGAACCGGUAAGUCAAGCAUGAUCGCUGCCAUGGCUAAAUAUUUAGAAUACGAUAUCUAUGACUUGGAACUCACGGCGGUCAAGGAGAAUGCUGAUCUGAGGAAGCUGCUGAUCGACAUAUCGAAUAAGUCAAUCAUUGUGAUCGAGGAUAUUGAUUGCUCGCUUGAUCUUACUGGUCAAAGGAAUAAGGAAAAGCAGAGAGAUGAAGAGGAUGAAGACAAGAAAAACCAACCAAUUCGCAAAAAGGCUGAAGAAGAAGAAGGGAAAAAAAGCAAGGUCACUCUAUCCGGGCUGUUGAAUUGUAUAGAUGGUAUUUGGUCGGCUUGUGGGGGUGAAAGACUUGUUGUGUUCACCACAAAUUAUGUGGAUAAACUCGACCCUGCACUCAUCAGAAGGGGAAGGAUGGACAAGCCCAUUGAAUUUUCCUACUGCAGCUUUGAAGCAUUCAAAGUGCUUGCCAAGAAUUACUUGGAUAUUGAGUCCCACCAUUUGUUUGCGAAGAUUAAAAGCUUGUUGGAGGAAAUCGAUAUGACUCCUGCUGAUGUUGCGGAGAAUUUGAUGCCAACUGCAGAUGCAGAGACCUGCUUGAACGACUUGAUUGAAGCUCUUGAGAUUGCCAAGGAGGAUGCGAAAAAGAAGGCUGAGGAAGAAGAAGCAAAAUUAAAAGUGGUUGAAGAGGAAAAGAAGAUGAAUGAAAAGAAAGAAGACAUGGAAGUGAAUGAGAAAGUAGAUGUGAAAUGCAAUGGGACAAUAGGAAAAGAAGUGGAAGAAAAUGCUUCCAUCAGUACUUGAGAAAGUAGUAAAAAGUUUGUCAAAGUUGUUUAUGCUGGUAUAUAACAGAUUUUAUUAGUUGGUGGAUAAGCCAUCAAUCUUCAGUGUUUAUGGGAUAGUAAAGUGCUUGAAAGUUUGUCUUAAAAUAAAUUGAAUUUAUUGGCGGGUUAGCCAUCAAUCUCUUGCGUAUAUAUGUUAGGACAGUGCUUGAAAAGCUUGUCUAAGGUCUGUAUUUUAGAAUUUCUAUAUUUAUGGAUUAGCCAUCUAAUGAUUUGUUGUAUGUCCAAAUGUUGUUUGGUGUUUCCAUGUGUAUAUAUAUCUGGAAAUAUGCUCAAUAAGUAUUUAUUC